AUGCAUGAAAAUAAUACUCACUCUUUUACUACAUUGAAUAUUAAACAUGAUAAUAAUCAUUCAUUAAUUAAUAACUUAAAUGAUACUUCAAAAUGUGCUGAAAUAGAUGAAUUUGUACGUGAAGUAGAUUAUUGGGUAACGAUUAUUCAAUGUUGCAUGGUUUUAUUUGGAGUAUUAGGAAAUGGUCUUGCACUUAUUGUUAUUAAUCGUCGUUCAUUACGUAAUACAUCAUCAAGUGUAUUUAUAACAUAUUUAGCUAUAUUUGAUUCAUUAGUUCUUAUUGCAUAUUUUACAUACUCAGUGAUAUGGGAUCAAUAUCUAGUAUUUCUUUCAUCUUGUGUUAUUAUUUAUUUACACGAUUUCUUUACACUUACUAGUGUUUGGAUUAUGGUUAUCAUUACAAUAGAACGUUAUAUUGCAGUUCAUUCACCAUUUUUAGCGAAACGUUUUUGUACAAUAGAGCAUGCACGUUAUUCAAUGUAUACGCUUAUAUUUCUUACAUUUAUAUUCUCUUCUUUAUCAUUUCCAUUAGUAUACACAAUAAAUAAAAAUAAAAUAGCGUGUGAUCUCCGUGAACAAUUUAGAGCAUUAUUUCGAUUUGUACAACCAGCAAUGUUUUAUUUUAUACCUGGUCUUAUAUUAUUAGUGAAUUUCUUUACUAUUUAUGAAUUAUUAAUCGCUAAACGACAACGAACACAAAUACUAAUAAAUCCUGAAAAUGCUACAAAUUCAAUAAAUGCAAUUUCAUUCAAUAAACAACAAACAGUAUUAACUAUUAUGCUUGUUACAGAUUCAUUAAGUUUUUAUUUAUUUACAAUACCAGCUUGUAUUAAUUAUAUGCUUUGGAAAAACCUAUCAUACGAUAUAGAUACUAAAGAAUAUGAAAUGCGUUAUUUAAUAAGUAAUUUAACUAAUAUCUGGCGUCAAAUGAAUUCAGCAACUAAUUUUUUAUUUUAUUAUAUUGCUGGUUCAAAAUUUCGUGCAGCUUGUUUAGAAACAUGGACUGAUAUCUCUGACUAUAUACAAACAAAAUUUGAUUGUAAUGGUCAACGAUCACGAAGUUUACGUAAUCCACCAACAAAUCAAAGAUGUGCCCAGCAUCGAAUGUUAAUGUCCUGCCAGCUCCGUACUACGGAUCUUACUAAUCCAUCUCGCUGA